AUGGGCGUCCCCGCAUUCUACAAGUGGCUCGUGACCAAGUAUCCCAAGGUUGUGCCUGUCGACACGAGCCGCGCGAACCCGAACGGAGUGGAGUUCGACAACCUGUUCCUCGACAUGAAUGGCAUCAUCCACCCGGCGUCGCACCCGGAGAACCGGCCGCCGCCCGAGACGGAGGACGACAUGAACCUCGCCGUCACCGACUACCUCGAGCGCGUCUUUGCCGCCGCGCGGCCGCGCAAGCUGCUCUUCAUGGCGAUCGACGGUGUGGCGCCGCGCGCCAAGAUGAACCAGCAGCGCGCGCGGCGCUUUCGCUCGGCGCAGGAGGCGGCGGAGAAGGAGGCGGAGGAGGAGCGGCUGCGGGGCGAGUGGGAGGCGGAGGGGCGCGAGGUGCCGGCCCGCAAGGAGGGGCGCGCCUUUGACUCGAACGUCAUCACUCCGGGCACGCCCUUCAUGGACCGGCUGGCGCAGCACCUGCGCGCCUUCAUCCACCUCAAGCUGAGCACGGACCCCGGCUGGCGCGGCAUCAAGGUCGUCCUCUCGGACGGAUCGCACAAGAUCAUGGAGUACAUCCGCCAGCAGCGCCUCUCGCCCGACUACGACCCAAACACACGCCACGCGCUGCACGGCCAGCGACGCUCGCCGACUGCUCCGUGGCCCGCUGCGCGCCUCGACGCCGACCUGAUCAUGCUCUCGCUCGCGACGCACGAGCCCCACUUCUCCAUCCUGCGCGAGUUCGUCGGCCAUCCCGCCCCAGCAGCACCUCCCGAGCAGUGA